CUUCUUCUCCCCGCCCGCGCAAGUUGCCUGCCUCUCCUUCCUGCUUGGGAAAAAGCGCUCAGCCUUUCCAAGCGUGUGAAAGGCGGAGGGAUCCCAGGAGCCGGCCAGCCUAGGGGCGAUCCAAGCUCCCCAAAGAGCGAGCCGCCCCCUUUUCUUUCCCCAAGUCCCCCAGAGCCGGCUUGGAGCCUUUGGACCUCCCCGCGACCAGCUGUUCAGGUCCUAAAGCCCGCUGAGACUGAGUGACUAAUGGACCAUUUGGUGCUUCAGGUAGUGCUUCUCUGUAUAGCGCUGUGUUUCUGUCCGUUGCAAAGCCAAGAUAACAGCGUGCUGAUCCCUACGUUCCUUAACGUUUCCACAAACCUAGAUCGUCAACAGCUUUUACUGGAAUGGGAUGUUAAUGACGAAGCCUAUAACUCUGAAAAACAAAUGACUUUUAACAUCCAGAUCAAUCAAACUGGAGCAAAUAAUGUUGUCUGGAAUAAGAAUUACACAGCAACUCUCAACCAAUCAAAUCGACCUAUACGAUGGAGUUGGGAUGCCAAAGAACCUAUGGAAUGUAUGUCAUAUGCAGUAAGAAUCCGGAGUUUGGUGAUAAGCAAAGAUGGACUGGUGUCUGAAUCUUGGAGUGACUGGACUAAGUUGACGAAAGUGGAAGGCACGGACAUAGAAGAUUCCAAGUCUUACAUAUUUCCAGUGGAGAAGGUUGUUGAAGAAGGGUCAAACAUCUCCUUCUGCUGCAUUGAAAUAAAGGGAAAAAGGAUAUCAUGGUUAGAUUAUGGUGACAAGCGCUAUUCAGCAGAGACAAGUCACCGAAGAAUGGUGUUUACUGUAAAAAACGUCCCUCUUUCAAAACCAGGUGGAGUUGUAGUGAGCUGUGGGGGCUUAGCAACAGUCUUUGUGACCCGACCUCCUGGUGAACCCAAAUAUCUGUCUUGUGAAACAGAAGACAUGGUAACAUUAAACUGUACUUGGCAGCCUUCAUCAGACCAUAAUCUUGCAGGGAAGCGUUCAAUAAAAUUUAACCUGUCAGAUGCGUCUAAGGGAAAAAUUGAUUGCCUUCCACUGUCCUCAAAGAACAGCUGCACAUUCAAAAUUGGCACUCAGACCACAUAUAACUUAACACUGGAGGCCAAAAAUGCACUUGGGAAAAACCGUGCUCGCCUUAAUUUUGAUGUAGCCCAUAGAGUUCAUCCUGCACCCCCUUUUGGCCUCGAAGUUUCCUUUAAAAAUGCUACAGCUGUUGAGCUAGGUUGGAAAAUGAAGCAUAAGCUUAAUCUGCUUUGCCAAGUUGAAAAUCGUCAUCCAAAUGGAAAAGUGGACUUGCACAACAGUACAUCCAAUAGCAAUAAGGCAUAUCAUAUUGUGAAUGGGUUGCAACCUUAUACUGAAUACAAGUUUCAAGUACGUUGUGGGGCCAACCUCCACUUCUGGAAAUGGAGUAAAUGGAGUGAAUUGAAAACUGAACGGACAGAAGAAUCCGCUCCCUCAGGGCAUCUUGAUGUCUGGAGAAGCAUUAGCCCAGAUUCAGGCUCCUGUAAUGUAACUGUCUUCUGGAAGCUAUUUCCAAGCUUUUCUCCUAAUGGAGUAAUCAAGACUUAUGAGAUUUUCUGGGAAGUGCUAGGAAAACGUCCAGAGUCUAAGGAAGUCCCUGCAUCAUACAAUUACAUAAUGCUUUCUCUUGAUAACUGUUCCUGUAAUAUCAGUGUUUCGGCAAAGAAUUCUGUAACUUCAUCCUCUCCUUCUGUGAUGGCCAUCUCAGCAGCUUCAGAGAAUGAUCACACAUGGGAGAUUAACACCAGCGCAUCUAAAGAAGAUACAAUCAACAACACAGCAACAGGCAUUUACAUCUCUUGGAAGCCUCAAAGUCAGUUUGAUGGUUAUAUUGUUGACUGGUGCAACCACCCAAGAGUCCAGCCUUGUGAUUUUCAAUGGAAAAAAUUUGGACAAAAUCAGUCCAGUGCUGUCAUUACAUCAGAUGCUUUCAAGCCUGGAGUGAGAUACAGUUUCAGGGUGUAUGGAUCUCAUAGUAACACAGCUUCUUUACUGGAGAAGAAAGCCAAAUACCUUAAAGAACUGGAGCCAGAUACUUUCCCUGAGCUGUAUGAAGACUCCUCAGUUCCAAGAGUGCUGACACUGACAUGGAAUUAUGAUCAUCUUAAUGAUUCCCUUCCUGGUUUUAUCAGAGGCUACAGUGUUUUUGUGAAAGAGAGAGAUGGAAAUUGCACAUUAGAAGGAUCGGAAAAGCUUGUAUUUCGAGAUGGCUCGGUAAUAUGCAGGUACACAGUAGAAGAACCAACGAAAAAGUCAUUGACAGUGAAACACCCAGGGCUAAACAAAGAGUACUGGCUAGACAUCAAUGCUUUCAGCACCAGCCCCCUCCACAUCCCAGAUGACAUUAUGGAAGAAACGCCACGAACUAAGAAAGUGAACAUACAACGUGAUAGAACUUGGAUCUUUCGACUCCUCUCGAUACCGGCAGUUAUUUCUGUAAUGCUGCUCUUUUGUGUAUGUUUCUGGAGAAGCAACUGUGUCAGGAAUUGCUGUUGCCCUAAAGUUUCCCAUCCCAUUGUGACCCCAAUUAAGGUAAUUCAGGCGUACCCUAAAACCUUGCUGGCACCCAAUGACUUCACUCCCAAUGACGUAUUAGUAGAGGAGUGCAAACUGCAGCCAUGGAGUUGUGAUGAAAAACGCUACUACAAUCAAGAUCUCCAUGCAGAGAUGCCUGAUGUGGAAGCUUUCAACUUUCAGAACAUAACUUACAUCACUGAUGGCUCUAACUGUUACCAGAGUCUACCCACACAGGAAGCAGCGAGGCAAAAACUCGAACUGGCUUCGGCCUCUUACCAGCCACUGCAGUGCUUUACUCCUCUGAAUAACCUUACCAAUGUAAAUUACGUUUCUCAAAUGAACUUCUCUUUCCCUGGGGUUAUGCAACACAGCCAGGCUGGUCCUUUGAUUCCUUGGAACAGUCAAGACUACAAACCCCAGCAGACUGUGGGAUCAGAAGAGGAAACAAUAGAUAUACUUUGA